UUAAUAAACAUAGCCUGUAAUUACUUAAUUUUGAAAAUGGAUUGUCAAUAUAGUCUUUAAAAUAAAUGUCUAUAGUCUUUACAGUAGAUCGUGCAUUGUUAAAUACUUAAAUUGAAAUUAAUUUAAUUUAUUAAUCGUAAAUGACUUUAUGGAUGGAAUAUUACUGCAAACAUUACUGCAAACAUUCUUUAAAGCAGAACGUUGACACUUUGAUGAAAAUAUUAAGAUUCUUAAACCGACAUGUACCAGUUUGUUUUCAUUGUGUGUUUGUCGGUUUUAAAUCGUGUAGAUUACACGGAAUGUACACUACCUGACGGAAAAGUGGGGAUGUGUUACAACAAAAUGUGUCACGGAAAAGUCAACGAUGCUCAAAGAGAGAAUUUGACAUUCACAAUCGUGGUGAAAUAUCCGGAGUCUGUUUUACAUAGCCAUGGACGAACAACAUUAUACAUUCGGGGCAAUGGGCUCUGUCUAAAUUGGAACAAGGGUAAACGUCUCUCAAAGAUUAGUAAUGAUACAUGGGGGAUAAACAUCACAUAUAAAUCAGUUGUUACCAAAUAUCAAUGUCAAACACGUUCAAAAUCCGUCUAUCUUCCUGGCAAUAAACUUCAGUACCGUGUACUGGCGGAUGACUGCGACGAUAUGGUGGGUGCUAACUUCUCCAUUAAUCUUCCAAUAUCUAAAACAUCGCUGUACUUUGUAGAGAAACCUGUCUUUAUUUCAUACCCGUGGUUUUAUCAGAAAACGGGUGUUAUUAGUAGUUUUUUGAUAAAUUCUACAUACAUCGGCAAAGAGAGAAAUGAAACGAUGUAUACACCUCCUAGUUUUAAUGAAAAUACAUAUAAAACUUAUCCUGUGGUAUUCGUUCUGGAUCUCGAUCUACAUUUUGCUAAAUACUUCAAGAACAAUCUGGAAGGUCCAAUUUAUCCGCAUGCAGUGUCAGAAGAAUAUGCAAUAAUAGGGUUUGGUGAUUACAGAAAUGAUGGAAAAGAAAGGUAUGAUCUGCUUGCACCAAUUGUUAGUCCAUUUUUGUUUUCAAAUUGUAUAAAUGGCACGUUUGAAGAUAACUGUGAUGGUUGUGUACCGGAAAAUGCAACAUAUCCCAAUGGCUUUAUCCCAUAUCUUUUGGAUUUCUGUGGAAGGAAAGUCAAAGUCGGUGGAGUAGCUGACAACAUGUUAGAUUUCUUAGUGAAAGAAGCUCUCCCAUUUGCCAACAAGCUCGCUUUAACGCGAUUGCAAUCUGAUAACUUAGGCAUAAUGGGAUAUUCGCUCGGAGGACUCAUGUCUUGCUACGCCGUUUGGACACGCCCAAAUGUGUUUUCCUUUGCUGCCUGUCAGUCGUCCCCAUUCUUUUGGCCAAUAAACAAUUCAUCUUAUUUCGAAUUUGAUUUCCAUUUCAUUAACAAGACGCUUAAAAACCCUUUGUUUCAUAAUAAUCGCCCCGAACAAAAGAUCUACUUAGACGUAGGAGGAGGCGAAUUCCCGAUAGCUUCAUGGAAUAUGGUACAAGCUACUCUUGAGACUGCAAGUAUCAUCACAGAUUUUGAACACUACACGUUAGACAAAAAUGUCUGGGUGCAUGUUCACCCAUUCAAAAAUCAUAGUGCCAUUGAAUGGGGUAAAAGGAUGGGUCAAGCAUUAGCAACACUUCUCCCGGCUGGCGAAACACAAAGAAUACCAUCACGCAUAGCUGCGCAUGCGAGUGGAAGAGAAAAAAUGCUAAGUGGAUUAGAAAUAGGUCAAAUGUUAACUAUAUAGGAGAAGCACGUAAAGGCUGGAAAGCUUGAGCCUUUUUGAUAAGAUUCUAUGUGUUAUUAUUAUGCAAGGCAUAAAGUCAAAUGAUUGUUUUUCUCCAUAUUGACUGUAUCAAACGUUGUUAAGAUACCAAAUUAUUAAAAUUUCUACCAAAGUUUGCAAGUGUAUAGUGAAACAAGCACAAGUGUUGCUGAGGAUUGAUCAAUAACCACACCCCCCCCCCCCCCCCCCCCCCACACCCCAAAAAAGCAACAAACUCUUUACAUAAUUUUGUACAGGAAAACAGCAGACAAAUUAGCCAAGAAGCCAUAGUGACAACAGUUAAUAACUAAACCAUGAACAUGCCAGUGACAUUAGCCAUUAGCUUAAAUAUUGUGCUUUAAGUAGAAUAACAUCACAUCACAUAUUUUAUCAAUUUUAAUAGGACGCUUCAUGACAGACUAAUAAAAAUGACAUGAUGGUUAUUUAUGUGGUUAAAAGACUGUUUUAAAACCUGCACCAUGUUAUCUUAUUUCUAUGUUCCACAUUUUAUUUCUAAAAUGGGAUUCAAAUGAAACAAGUGAAAUGAUCGAUAUCAAACUAAAAUGAAAGAUAAACGCUCAAUUCGUGUGUCAUAAAGAUGUCUUUGCCAUAACUUAAAUAACUUAUUCUGUUUUAAUAACAAGAACCUCAUUAAUAGCUAAAGUUCUUGAUAUACAAUCAUUUAGUAAACACGGUUAGUGACAAUGGUGUUGACAUUGAUGCAAUCAUCCCAAAAUGCAACUUAAAUUUGGUCUCCAUGCAAGCUUGAGAUAUAUAAUGUUUGCUCGCAAUACCUCAUAUUGAGUGAAAACAUUAUUUCUGUAAUAGUAUUAAUAAAUUUCAUUAAAUCAAUUUAAAUUCCC